AUGCACAAGAAUUCGCACACUAUAUCCAAAUCGAAGCCCAAGAUCCGGAUCAUCCACAUAUUUGCACCGGAGAUCAUCAAAACGGACGCCGCCAACUUUAGGGAGCUGGUGCAAAGGCUCACUGGGAAGCCCACAGCAGACGAUCAUCAUCGGAACAUUAACUGCUGCACGAAGACGAGGAUUUUAAGGAAGAAAGAGCAGAGGGUUUUGUCGUCAUCAAACAAGAAAAUGGAGGUGUCUUGGAGGGGUGAGGCAGUGAUGGGUGAGAGGAUAAAGGGAGAAGAAGAGAUUUGGAGGGCUGCAAAUUCAGGAGGUGGAUUCUUGGCUGGUUUUGCUGAGUUCGAUGGAUUCCUGCAGGAGCUUAAUCAGUUUCCGUUUUUGGAAGGUACAACUCAGAUGAAUGAUGCUUAUGGAGGAGACCAGUCACAACUUGCUUGA